AUGAGGAAAAAAUCCAAAGCUGGUCGUCAGAAAACCAAACCGUUUCUCCACGAACAAAAUGAUGAAGAUGUGGUCAUUUCUGAUGAAGAUGAGCGACUCCUAGAUGAAUAUGGAGAGUCUACACGUUUCUUGGCACGUCUGAAUCCAACUCAGCUCGCCAAAGAUGCAAAACCACAAGCUCCCAUGGAUAGAUCCAGUAGACCAAAAGCUACUCCGAUUAUAAAUGCUGAAGACCUAGAAGACGAUGAUGAUGAUUUGAUGGACGAUGGCAAUGAUGCUGAGAUUGAACACAUGGUCGCUAAAGCUCUUGACAGCGAUGCUGAAGACGAGAUUGAAUCUAAUUAUGAAAAAGUAUUGGCCAUGCGUGCAUCGAAAGAAGAGGAGGAGGAUGGUGCUGUAUCUAGACUGCCACUCAGAUUGGAUGACGGUCGAUUCGUGCAGAAUCAUAUACGCCUCGAUGCUCCCGAAGUCAAUUUGAAAGGAACUGUAAAUCCAAAGAGAAGAACAAAAUUGCCACCAUCACCACCAACUUCUUCUGAUACCGAUGAUGAUAAUGAGAUGAAUCAAAACGCACCGAAGACUAUUGCAUCAUUACGUGAUGUAUCGUCGUUGAGUAGUCCCGAAGAAAGACGGGCGUCGCUACAGGAGACACUAGCAUCUGUAGCAUCUUCUAUUGUGGGAGAUCCUGAACAACAUAUGUCAGGCUUGAAAACGUUGAGAGAGCUUUCUGGAGCUCAGAAUCCUGAUUCCAAGAUUCGCAAGUUGGCUUUAUUGACUCAAUUGGCCGUGUACAAGGACAUCAUUCCAGGGUAUCGGAUACGCCAAUUGACCGAAGCAGAAAAGAAGACCAAAGUAUCCAAAGACGUUAAAAAACUCCGAAAUUUUGAACAAGGACUCUUAACUCAAUACCAAUCCUACUUGCAAAGUCUGGACUCCAUCAUCGUUUCAACCCGAAAGAAGGGCGCUGACGUACCAGCAAGUCAACUCUCUGUUGCUCUCGUAGCAAUAAACUGUAUGGCCGAACUAGUUUCAUCUGUAACGCACUUCAAUUUCAGACUUAAUUUGUUAAAUGCCUUGAUUGCUCGCAUGACGGAAUCGGCUGGAUCACCACUGGCUGAAGCUAUACCAACGUGUUGUCAGGCUCUCAAGACUGUGUUUGAGCAGGAUGAGGAUGGUGAAGCUAGUUUGGAGGCUGUUAAGCUGGUUUCUGAGGCUGUAAAGGCUAGAAAAUAUCGUGUUGAUGAGCAAGUCAUUGAAACACUUCUAAGUCUCAGACUACGCGAAGAGUUGCCAAGUGCUCAAGAAGCUAGUCAACGUGAAAAGAAACGAAAGCGUGAGGAAGCACAUAUUUCACGUAAACUACGCAAAGUUGGCAAGAAGGAUGGCGAGUUACUACGAGAGUUGAAGGAAGCUGAAGCCGAAGUUGAUAAAGGAGAACGAUCACGAUUGCACACUGAGACGUUGAAGUACGUGUUCGUGACGUACUUUCGAAUUCUCAAAGAGGCUGAAGACUCGCCGUUGCUCCCUGCUGUUUUGGAGGGACUUGCAAAGUUCUCACACUUGAUAAAUAUUGACUUUUUCGGUGACUUGCUCUCUAUCCUCCGUCAAAUAUCAGCCGCCCAAUACGCAGCAUACCAAGCCUCCCUAACAACACAAACACACUACAACGCCAGUAGUUCUCUACACUGUAUCAUUGCAUCCUUCCGUCUGUUGAGUGGACAGGGAGAAGCAUUGAAUGUAGAUUUACGUGAUUUUAGUGCUGCAUUGUAUCAGCAACUUCCUGGUGGUAUGAUGGCAGCUUUGGGAAGUAGUGAGGCUUCAGAUCGUGGUAAUAUCUUGGCGUUGAUGUUGAGUGGAUUGGAGUUGAUGCUCCUGAAGAAGAAACAGAUUCCUAUCGACCGAGUCGCUGCUUUUGCCAAACGAAUGUUGACCAUCAUGACGCAACUGCCAAGUAAUGGUGCGCUAGCUUGUCUGAACAUUAUGAGGUCUUUACUUAUCCGAUACCCCAAACUCACUCUAAUGUUAGACCCUGAAGGACGUCUCGGGACAGGAGAAUACAAACCCUUCCUCGAAGAUCCGGAUCUCAGCAACGCAUUCUCAACAAGCAUGUGGGAAUUAAGUCUCAUGAAACGCCACUAUCAUCCAUAUGUCAGAAAACUCGCUCAAGAAGUAUCUGUGGUCGAUGCAAACAGUACACCAGCAGCUGCUUCUACCCUAGCAUUGCAAACACCGACUAGUGUUUUUAGGAAGUAUGAGUGGUUGAGAUUUGGCAAGCUGGUAUUUGAUCCACCGCUUCCAAAGCCUAGUAAAGGGAUUUUGAAUGCAAGGCAGAAGCGUGCGAGGGUUGUCGAGAGUGAGGUUGCUGUUGGGUUAAUUGAAGAUCUGGCAAUGCCUGACUUUGCUAGAGUCUGGAAGCCUGUAAAAUAA